AUGGCGAUGGCCGUGGCCAUGGAGAUGACCCUCACCUCUCUGAUUGCAGCCCAAUCUAACCAGCUCCAGCCGUGCAAACACCUACCCAGGAUAUCCCACCAUGUGACUUGUCGCAUCGAGCGCAAGAUCCCGCAUCUGUGCCUCUUCCUCCUUCACCUCCGGCAACCAUGUCACUUGAAUCCCCCCGAAAUCGCGGGGCCAGGUGAGUUGGGUGGCUCGGCCCGACCCAGUCCCAAGGACGAGACCCCCAUGGCCAAUGGACACAACCCCGCGUCUGCCAUACCCGUGGCAACCAUGGAUCUUCCCCGAGUGACCUUUGAGGAGUUUGCGACCCGCUACCAUCAGAACCAGCGCAAGCAGGCCCAAAGGAAACGUCUGGAGAAGCGCCUGCGCGCUACAAAGGUGUCCAUCGGCCUGUCGGCCCGCAUGAUCCGUGUCGGGCUCACGGCUCAGCGGGGUCUCGUCGAGGCCCUCAAACACGAUGACAAACCCAAUUUCGUGGCUCUAUACCAUACUCUCCAUGACUUGCAGGAAUCUUGUCGUUCGCCUGCGAACGAUGCUCACAUUGACUCCGUGGAUGCGGAGAUACCCCUGGGAGCUGAUAUGGAUCGCUUCCCGGAUUUCCUUCAUCAGUUGAGCCCUCAAUCCCGGACGGACUUCCUGGAGAUUUUGCGACUGGUUCGCUCUGAUCCUCAGUUCCUAGUGAGCAGGUUGCGAAACUUGUCUUCUUCCCAAUUGGCCGCUUUUACUUCUCCAGCCUCCGCUUUGGAUGCCAAUGAUCCGGCUUUCCCUUCCACAUCCCGAUCCCGGGGUCAGUCUUUCAUGAGCCGGAGCCAGGCUCAAUCCGCCAUUUUCAAGGACCAUGCUUAUGCCUUUGAGAGGACUGACCCAUUAUCAAUCCUUCUGUUUAACGUGUUUGCCACUCCGUUGGACCCAGAGACGCCCGAAUCCCGUUUGCGCAUGGAUGUGUGGUCUUCUGUCUGCGCACAACUAAUCUCCAACGAAAGUAGUAGAUACUACCCCCUGAUCGGCCAGGUGCUGUCUUCCUGGGCCACUGGAAGCAAUUGGAAAGCCCGUUCUAAGUUUGAGCUCUACCUAAUGGAUAUUUUGCAAACCGGCGCUUUUCUUUUGGAACCUAUAGCUACACCACCCGGGCUGGAUUAUUCCAUGGAUGCCUUGGAUCCCAUGCGGACGGAUGUUGCAGAGGAGUUCUUUGCUUCUGCCGUGGAUGACCUAUUCCGUGUGCUUGACGAUCCAGAUGGCGGAUUUCCUCACGCUGUGCUGCAGUUUGCAAAGGCCGUUUUGAAAAAGCUGGACAGCCCCGAGAGCCGCAGCCGAUUUUUGGAAUUUUUGUUUGUUCAAUGGUUCUUUUCGAAGUUCCUUUAUGGCGCGUUAACAUACCCGGAGACGCACGGUCUCCUCCUUGAUUUUCAUAUCAGAAAAGAUGCCCGAGAGAAAUUGCUGAGCCAGGUUGGACACCGGGCAUUUUCUCAAGUUUUUGCUGUCUUGCGUUCAAUGCAUAACUUCUCCAUCUCCCGUCCAAUAGUCAGGGAGCAUGUUGAGAAUAUGUUGUCUCGAUUCCAGAACACAAUGCCCCUCGAAACACCAAUAGACUACUUCACUUCUAUACAGACCCCACAGCCCUCUCGACGAAACAACCCUUCGACGUUCCUUAUGAUGUCCUCCCUGGACGCUCUCACCCUUUUAGACGCUCUUUUCCAACAAACACACACUUCGUUCCAAUCUUCACCGGCAUCUACAGCAGCCCCCACCUGGCCAGCCAGCCCUACACCGUCUAUCAAUCUGCGUCCUGACUCAAAUACAGAUUCGGGAUUCGCUCGUUUCAGGCAAGAUAAUCCUUCACGACCCAUGUCAAACACUGGAUCCGUUUUCUCCAUGGAGCCACCUUCAUCACUACCAUUGGAAAGCUUGUCUGAAAAGGCCGCUCGUAUCCGUUUUGAACUGACCGAUUUGGACCAUCCUAACGAGCGCUUGACCUUAGAGCACCCUUCGGACGAACACUGGGCAAUCUUUUCUGUCGCAGCCGAUGGCCAUGGCCUGACCUGGAGCCUUCUUCCACAGAGCAAAUUUGAUACUUCCAAAAAUCCCAUCUUGGACAGUGACGAAGAUAUGCAUUCCACUACCUUGGGACUCGAGGACAACUAUGAGGCGUUGCAGACGGCAAUUGUUCGACUGGUCAAGGAAAACCGAAUCCAGGGCUCGGCCGAAUAUGAUGUGUACCUUCCACCCCAGAUUCCAGAUGGAGCAUCCCUCAAGCAACGAUUCAACGAAGCCAUGUUCUGCUGCCACCAUGAGUCUGACUUCGUUGGUGCGCACUAUUGGUGGAACGCUUCACGACAGCUUGGACAGAGACCAGCACCUAGCUUGCCAAAGACCACGGACGACUCGUGGAUUCUGGGACCCAUGCAUGACUCUUAUAGCCGUUCGUUGAGCCAAUCACGAGCUGUCAUCGAGCGCUGUGAAAGCGACUUUGUUUCUCUUGACCACAGCCUGCGCCGGCUCCAAGGCCAGGUCAAAGACCUCACCGCCACCUUUACUAAGAUCCGCGACAAGAUGUGGUACAUGACGGACGUCAAGAACUCGAUGAAAUACGAGGAAACUAAGCACGUUGCCAUGGCCUUGAAGACAAUGAUAUACUCAGCUCGAUUGUUCAGUCAAUAUCCCGAAGAACAACGAUCUCGUUACGGAUCAAGAUCCCUGGGUGGCUCACUGUUCCAGAAGCCGGAAGUACAAAUCAUGAACAUGAUGAAAGCACCCAGCAGCCAGGGUGGACCGAACAAGCUUUCCGACGAGCAAGUCGAAUUGACUCGAAAAUGGUUGUCGCACAACGGUAUCGAGAACUUCUGCAAAGGCGAAGAGCGAAUCCAUCGGUUCUGCUAUGAGGUGCGCAUGAGCAUCAAUAAACUCGUAGGUGAAACAAUGACCGAUACUCCGGUACUGUGGGCAAGCGAACUCUUUCAAAGAGAACGUUCGAGGUUCGAGGGCUACGGCUCUCGCGCAUUUCCGGGCCUGUCCAUGCCUAGCACGCCUCGACCCUCGACAACUACCAGCGAAGAUACAAACCACCCCUCUCACUUCUAUGGAGCCAAGUUCCCGAUGCCAGAUCCUAUGUCUCGUCUCUCUCAGGACACUCCUUCACUGAAUCACAAGCCUUCUAUUCAGAGUAUCAUUUCCGACAAAUGGCGACCUCAACGAGAUAUUCCUUCAAUUGACAUGUCUUCGAUCGCUGGAUCCCCUGGUCGCGCUGCAUCAAUUUCUACAGGUGACACUUGCAGUACAUUCUGGUCUGCGCCGCAGAGACAUCCUAUGUAUGCUGCAAGUGUUUCAAGUGUGUACUCUCGGCCACCAUCUAUGUUCAGCGAGUCUGCAGCCCGCCCACCCCGUCAUUCCGAGCGCAAAACACACGGCAAGACCGCGUUUAUGGAUGGGUUGAGGCAGACGUUGACCAGUCUUCUCCUCAGCGAUUUAGGCUCCCCGGUGUGGAGUUGUGGCAGCGAGACCGAUGCCUGGUUCACUAAUGCCCUUGGCCAAAGACGCAUCCAGGUCGAAAUGCGCAGACGCGCUGCAGUGCAGAAAUUCUACGCUGACUAUGAAGAACGUUCCCAGAGUCGUGGUCAGCAGCGUGGAUCGCUUGUAGGUCGUCGGAGCAGGUCUCUGGACAGCCUCCGCGUUCCCAACAAAGCUUCUGGCAUGGAAACCUCAACAGAGCUACCGCAACCACUUUCAGACUCAGAUGGACCGCCGGCGUUCUCAUACAAAGAAGUCUUCCAUCGGCUGAUCGAGGUGUUUUCGCGCCAUGGAAACCCCUUCGUGAAGCUGAACGCUCUACGGGAUCUCAGGUCGUUGGUCAUCGCAUCAAUCAUCUCGUCACAAGAUGCGAGCUCGAAGACUACACGCAGUCCCACAGACGGAGACAACGGAAACACUCCUCAACUUCGCCGAUCUGCUCGUCGCAGCUUUUCUGAAGUGCCACCCUGCAACAUCUCCCGAAUGGAUGCAACACCUUUGUCUGUCCCCGAAUCAGUCACUUGUGACUCUAGACACUCCGAUUACCCCACACCAUCAGAGUCGCAAAUAGUGUCUGCUCUGCGCGAUUUGAUCCUGGAAGUCAAACCCAAGACCCUUUUCAGGGAUCUGCAGUUCAUCUCUGCCUUCGUGCCAGGAGACCAGCUCAACAAGAUCGACCGAGGUACAGCAUUUUUCCAAUUUGGCCUCGCUGCACUAAGCCUCAAAGAGGAGAUCUGCCACAGCAUGGUUGAGAUAGCCGACCGGAUUGUCUCCCAGGAGCUAUCUCGUCGCCAUCCGCCAUUUGCCUCUGACUUCCAUUCCCAGCCCGGUCGCGCCAUCCAAGAUGCAGCGGGUAUGUGGAUUAUUACUGCCAAAGAGGGUAACCCGGUCGCACAACGCGAACUUGCUAUCCUCUACCUGACUCACCCAGAGCUUCUUCCCCGCGUGACCCUCCCUCUGACCCUCCCGCGCGACACUUUCAAGGCGGAAAUGAUGUAUCGCCGAGACAAGGAUUCCAAGUCAGAUCCUCAGAGUAUGUGUUUGGCACUGCACUGGAUGCAGCUGUCUGCCAGUGGGGGCGACACUCUUGCUCGGAAUCGACUUCGUGAGCGUGAGGAGUUUGAUUCCAUUGCAUGA